AUGGAAGUGGAAACUUAGAAUUUAACAUAAGAGGAACUUGAACUCUUCAAAUUACUUAAAUAAAGAGAACAAGAAUUGGAAUAUUUAGAUAUUUAAGAAUAAUAUUUGAAAGAAGAUUAAAAAAGAUUGAAAAGAGAAUUAGUGAGAAGUAGAGAAGAAUUAAAAAGAAUCUAAGCAGUCCCUUUGACAGUAGGGUAUAUAUUNUUCAAUAGAAUGAUGAUUAAGUUGGAGCAAUAUCUAAUUAAACUUUUACCUAAUAAAUUUCCACAACUCCUUAUUUGA